AGCAACCCUGUCAGCAUUCGGCUGCAACUAUAAUAUGGCGGCGGCCAUGAUUUAAACAUAUGGGCAAAGUCAUGUCAAUUUCAUAUCUAAACCAAACAAAAUUUUUAGAUGGACGACGACUCAUUUUUUGGAUUUGAUACAUCAAUACCGUUAGACGAUGAUGGAGGAGGUCGCAUUGAGGAGCCCUCCGAAGAGGAGUAUGACGCCCUUAACGAUGAAACAUUUGGUGCUGCUAUUAAUGGCGAUUGGGAGGAAGCGCAUGAAUCGCUUGUACGUUUAACCGAUAAUUUUACCUGUAGCAGCGGUGAACGCUUAAAUAGCAAACAACAUGGUAAUAAUGAUAAUAGACACCGGUUAGCAUCGCCUACAUCGUCAAGAGGUUCUUCGCCUUUUUAUGGCACACGACAUCGUAACCCAAUUGCUGAUUCUGAUUUAGAAUUAAAUUUAUCUGGCAUGAAAUUGGAUGAUGUCGAUAUUAAUUUCGGUGAUGGUGAAAGUUUAAGCGGUGAUUUAAGCUCAGGUAUAAACCUCGAUCCUAGUGUAUGGGCAUCACAACCUUUGAAACCAACAAAUCACACCCAUCAUUUAGACGCAAUAAAAGGAAAUAAUUCAUUAUUUUCAAGUAUAAACAAUAACUCUGACAUAAAAGGUUUAAAUAUAAAUCCUGCAGAUUUUUUACGCCAACAUAUCUCUAGCCCUUUUGCACAUCAACAACAGCAAAAUCAUCACUUGCAACAACAACAGCAACAACAACAAAUAAAAGUGAACACAAACACCAAUGGUGCUUUCGGUUUAAGUCAACUUCCCAACGCUGGUACGAAACCUAAGAUUUGUACUGUAGAAGACAUUGAACGUAAUAUUAUCAUGCAACAAGCCAUGCAAAAACAACAACAACAAAAACUAAAAGAACUCGAACAGCAACAGAAACAACAACAAAUGCUAAAUUCAAUGUUUAAACCAGCCACUUCAAAAACACCAACUCCUGUAAAUCCUCAUCCAAAUCAAAUAAUGCAAACUCAACAACAAAUUCAACACCAACAGCAGCAACAACAACAGCAACAAAAUAAAGGACCUCCAGGUUUUAUAAAUGCCGGUUCACCGCCAAGGCCAGCAAGCAAUUUAAUUAAUAAUUUAGCACAACAUCCCUUAAAUAACAUGCUGCAACAACCAACUGCAACUGGUAAUCGUUUACCGCCUGGCUUUCCUUUAUUUAAUCCAGGUAUGCCGCCGGGACAUAUACAACAACGUGGUCAUCUUCAUAUACCACCACAUCCCUUGCUAAACCAACAUGGCUUACCACCAAAUUUUCCGCAUGCAGAUCCGCGCACACUGCCGAAUCCACAUCUUCCAAUUGCGCUAAACAAUUUUGCGAUGCAUCCUAAUUUUAAUGCAAUGCGUGCCAGUGCUGUAACCGGAAUGUAUCCACCUGGACUAAUUCCUCCUGCUAUGGCACAAUCUCGUAUGCCCACACAUCCACCGAAUCCCUUACAAUUUCUACAUCAACAGCAAGCAAACUCCAUGUUCAAUAUGCGACUUGUACAGGAAAUUCAGCAAAAUCAUCCAUUACUACAAAAUGCCAGUCGACAAAUGUUACAACCACAGCAGCAGCAGCAACAACAACAACAACAACAACAUGCUAACGCAAAUGCUAAUCAUCAGAAUCAACAACGCGCUGGUCUUAAGCAAGCGCAUCAGCGACGUGAUGGCAUUUCUGCAAACGGUAACUUACCACCUGAAGAAUAUGACGAGUAUGCCAAUUUAAUGAGCAUUCGAGAUAAACAUUGGUUAAUAGGCAUACAGCUAUCCCAACUGAAUACAGAUACUCCAUAUAUCGAUGAUUAUUACUUUACCGUUUAUCGUGAACGAAAAUCACAGCUUAGUGGCAAUGUGCGUCAUAGCAAAGCACAUAAGGACAACCAAUUGAAUCAUCCGUUCUCGCAGCCUAAAGGUCAUGCACAACUUGUACUGGUACAGUUAGGCAAUAAGAACGGCACACGUAAUGGUCAACAUCGCGAGCGUCAUAAUUCAGAAACUAGCGGUGGUAAUAAUUUGAAUCAAGAACAGAAAACACCUUACAUUUUCACGCCACUCAAGUUUGAAAAUUCCUUGGGAAAAUUGCAGUAUGGCAGCGUCACUGCACCACGUAAAAUUAUUGAUGCGGAUAUAAUGAGUGGAGAGUUGAAUGAUAACUUAAGCAAUAACUUAAGUGCUGCUAAAGCAAGCGGUCAAGGUAUUAAAUUGCCAAAUGUUACAACGGGUAAUUUUCAUGACAUCACCAUAUCUGCUCAGCGUAAAUCGCGCCACAUACUACUACACAUCGAGACAUUAUACCGUAUAGUGCUUAAGCUUGAUGAUCUAGAAAAUCCUGAUUGCUAUCAUUAA